CUCAAUAUCAACUUUUCAGAGAAGGUAGAGAGGGGCGCAAAAGCGCAGAAAGCGGCAGCCGCUGGCCCGCCAAAUCCUGUACCAGAGGCUCUCCGUAGGUUUUUUUAAUAUUUUCCGCCCCCUUAGGGCUUUUUGGUGCUAUAUUGCGUCUCUCUGACUGAUGGUUGCAGCAGUCAACAGAGAAGAUGACCAGGUCGCCCAGCAGUUUGGUCCCUUUGGCGCACGGGUCGUUCGUCAGCCUCAGGUGGCACUUCAAAGACAACAGCAGGCAGCUUUGCAAGCUCAACAGGCAGCAGCUUUGCAAGCUCAACAUCAAGCUCACCUGCGAGCGCAGCGAGAAGCGCAGCAGCAAGCGCAGCAGCAAGCCCAACUGCGAGCAGCGCUCCAGGAAGCACGGCAGCGAGCGCAGCAGGAAGCACGGCAGCGAGCGCAGCAGGAAGCACAACAGCGAGCGCAGCAGCAAGCGCAGCAGCAAGCGCAGCAGCAAGCAGAACUAGAAGCACAGGUACAAGCAGAACUACAAGCACAUAUACAGGUCGCCCAACAACCUCAAUUCGGCAACCAGGCACAGCCCGCUCAACAUGAGCAGCUCCUGCAAAAUGCUGCGCCCUUACUGUCCCAGCCGCCGGGGGAAUUUCGAUGGAAUCAGAUCCUCGCUCCUCAUCAAGCUGGCCUCUCCUCGAUGUACAGCCCACCCGCGGUUGGCCACGCUUGGUCAUUCCCCCAUAACGGACUUCCGGCACCGAACCAACCUCAUGCACCUUUUCAGGCUCUCCCACAGUGGUGGCCUACUCCCAAGCCCCAAGCAAGCAACAUUCAUGGUCCUCGAGUCCAAGUUCCGACGUUCGGAAGUUCGUUCGGCACGCAUCCGGUCGUGCCGUUUAACUCCAACCCAGGCUUCGGUGUUGCCUUAGGGCCGAUUCCUCCCCCUCAGAACCCGCAGGGGCUGGCAGGAGGAGUGGAUUAGCAAUCCAACCGCCAAAGUGCCGCGGGCUACGGACUGGGCCAGAACUUGACAGGCGGCAUUGGCCUGUCCGGGUCGAGCACCCAGCCUGCCAUAACAGUAUCGCAGGCUUCGUUCCCUGCUCAGACAGGCAGCGUUGCUGGGCUCGCCGCCAGUAGGCACGCUAAUAUGUCACCUUCCCAGAUUACUUCACCUUCUCAGGCAGGCGCUGUUGCUGGGCUCGCCGCCAGCCGCCACGCUACUCCGGCACCUUUUCCCGUAUCACCGUCCCCGGGC